AUGUCCUCCAUACCUCCCCGGCGUCAAAAAACAGGUCGUGCUUUCACCGCUGUAACACCCAAGCAAACCCUAUCUCGGCCCACUCCACUUUCUACAUCUUCCGCAUCUACUGACCUUUCGCAUGAUCAAUCACCAACAACAGCAUCCAAUACUACAAAUAACAAUAGUGACACUAGCAAUAGUAAAGAACCAACCAAUUGGCCUGAAUCUUUAAAACGGUUUAUAAGCCGCUCGUUUGACGAAGCACUGCCAGAGGACCGUGACGUUUUUAACUCACAGCUGCGUGAAAUCAUCACCAAGGCUCAUGAAUUAGGUACAACAUGGACAACUGCCUGGGACAAUAUUACAUUGCCAAUUAUCCAACAAAGGAGGCAAGAACGCCUCAAAAAGGCUGCUAAAGAACAUACACAAAAACCUAUAAAAGAUACCCAAGGGCAUUCUUCUACUAAAAAUAACAAACGUAAUUUAUUUAAGUUAGACGAAUCGGAGAGCAUGAGGGCUAAGCGACUAAAGAGGUUUGAAACGUCAAAAGUUAAUAAUAACAAUAAUCAUCAUCAUCAUCAUAAUAAUAAUAAGUAUGACAGUAGUCCGUAUAACAGCUACCCUGGAUAUGAUAUGCCCUCCGAAAAUGUAAACCCAAAUGAGCCCAUUGUGGGCCGUUCAACACAAUUAGAAAAACGUUAUCUACGGUUAACUUCUGCAGCUGACCCCAACACAGUGCGACCAUUACAUAUUUUAAAGCAGACGCUAGAGUUGUUAAAAAGGAAGUGGCAGCAAGAAGAAAAUUAUUCGUAUAUUUGUGACCAAUUUAAGUCGUUGCGACAGGACCUGACAGUCCAGCACAUUCAAAAUGAAUUUACAGUUACAGUUUAUGAGAUUCAUGCGCGGAUUGCACUAGAAAACCGCGACUUAGGCGAGUACAACCAAUGUCAAAGUCAGCUUAAAACACUUUAUGAAAAGGGGAUACCCGGAAAUGAGGAUGAAUUUUUCGCGUAUCGCAUUUUGUACAUUCUCUACACGCGUAACCGUUCCGACAUGAAUAAUAUUUAUUUCCAGCUAGAAACAGUGCGUAACCCGAAAACUGGGGCGCUUCCCAAGGUAGUACAACACGCGUUAGAUGUGAACCAAGCGCUUUCGUCACGUAACUACCACAAGCUGUUUAAGCUUUACACAGCAGCGCCCAACAUGGGGCCUUAUAUUAUGGACAUGUUUGUUGAGCGCGAGCGGUUUUCGGCGCUGUCAGUGAUGACAAAGGCGUUCCGUCCGGAAGUGGCACUUGACUAUGUGAUUAAUGAGUUGGGAUUUGAGAAUGGUGAGGACUUUGCAAAGUUUGUUCAACAGGCUGGGCUGUCAAAUUGUAUUGUGAUUCGGGAAGAAACUAUACAAAACAGUACUACUAGUAGUGAAAAGAAGGAUGAUGAUGAUGAUGAUGAUGAUGAUGAUGAUGAUGAUGAUGCAUUACCACCACAAAUGAAUAAGAAGGUAUUUUUGAAUUCAAAAGAAGCAUACCCAAUAGUAGAGCAGCUGAGAGCUGAUGCAUUUAAAAAGGUGGAUAUUAAAGGACAAAUAUGA